AUCGGCGCAUUGUUUGGUCUGUGUAGCAAGCACAAACCCUUGCUGGAAGUGACAUUCGAUCUUAAUCGGUGCGCGCAAUUAUCGCAGAAAACAUGUCAGAAGACGACAAGCCCGAACUUCAGUACCCGGCCUUUCCCGUGGAGGACACUGGGGAAGAGUACGACUUGGACCUCCCUCCUACAACAGCCAAUGAGUACUUGAGGAGAGUGCAAAUAGAAGCCAGCAAUUGCCCUGAUGUUGUCGUGGCGAAUUUGGAUACUAGCAAGUUUCUGGCAAAGCAAACUGUAUCGUUCAGUGAUUCUAAUGAUUGUCCGCCGCCUCCAGAGGGUUUUGCACCUUCACGUGAAUGGCAGAGGAAGCAGGUCUACAACUUCCAUGUCGCUAGAGAGAAAAUCAUCAAACGGAAAGCCCUUUUAAAGAGGAACAAGGAAAAAUGUCCCGUGAAGCUGCCAAGAUUUGAAGAGAAGGACCGAUGGAAGGUUGUUUUCUGUGGCUCUGCUUCACCCAGCAUUCACCCUCUAGUCAGCAUUGUCACUACCAUCCCACAGCAAACAAUUGAAGCAGUGAUCAGCUACAGCGCACGAUGGAUUGAAGAGGAGGGUUUCUCUGCAAAUAUGGGAAAGUGGCUGUACGCCCUACUCGCUUGUGUGGAAAAGCCACUGCAUCCGGAUAUGUGUUCUAACAUCCGUGCCUUGGCUCGUGCUUGUGCAUCAGCAAGGAGAAAACUGAGCUCCAAAGAUGAUCCCAACCUUCCACCUCUGAACCUCAUAAUAUGCCUCAUCGCUUGCUACUUCAACCAGACUGACUUGGCUGACAAGUGAUGAAAUGGGAAGAAAGGCUGCAUCCAAGACAUUGACACACUAGAAACAUCGCCAUCCUACAUCAUGUUUUAAUGUUUGUUAAAAAUAAAUAUACAUACAAAU